UUACAAUGUAUAUGAUUAAUAUAAAUGGCGGCUCUAGUCAUUGCUGCUGUCGUUUUAUGUGUGAAUUGUGAACUUUAACUGUCUUAAAUUUCAGUAAAAUUUUAAACUGAUUAUAAAAGGAAAUUGAGAUGUGAAUAAAUUAAUAGAGUGACAUUCGUGCUUUAUUUACUUUCCUGUAUCUUAAAGGACAUACGUAAGGAAACAGAAUGUCGAGUGAUGAAGAUAAACCACCUGCGCCGCCGGUACGCCUGACGAGCAACCGGGCCACCGACAGGGGUGAUUCAGUCGCUUCUGUUGACAUGAGGCCUCUACCCAAAGAACCAGAUGACAGUGGGGAUAGAAAAAAGAAAACUUUGAAAGCUAAAAUAAAGGGAUCUAAGAGCACUGCACAUAAUGACAACAAGCCAAAUAUCAGCUACCCAACUAACUUUGAACACACAGUACAUGUUGGAUUUGAUGCUGUCACUGGAGAAUUUACAGGUAUGCCGGAGGCGUGGGCACGUCUCUUGAUGGCGUCUAACAUCAGCAAACAGGAACAGAAGAGUAACCCUCAGGCUGUACUGGACGUUCUCAAAUGGUACGACGCCUCCGCCACGCAGCCUCCGGCCUCCAAGUAUAUGACGUCAGCACAGAUGCACACAACACACUCUGGUUCGUCUGUGUCACGUGUGUCUUCGAGUAGUCCUUCGUCUUCUACCCCCACGGACACGGAGCACCCGGAGCCCCCGCCGCCUCCGCCCUCGAGACCUGACCGCACUAAGAGUAUUUACACAAAGCCCAUAGAAGAAGAGGAAGCGCCGCCUCCUCGACCGACCCCCGCCCCCGUGUCCCCGCCGCACGUGCCUCACCCCGCGCUCACCACGCACUCGAUAUGCAGUCGAUCGGAAACUGGCACGAAUUUAGAUCGCAACAAGAACCCAUCGAGUGGCGCUCACACGCCGCCCGCACUGGCGCCCCACCCUGCACCCGCGCCCGCUCCCACCGUCGCCGCGCCCGCCUUACCCACGAUGACGACACAUGCGCAGACCACACCGCCUCCAAAUGGAGCAACUCAAACCGAUACCGGAAGAGCGACAGGACAGCAACAAAGGAAAAAGAAGAUGACCGAUGAGGAAAUAUUAGAAAAGUUAAGGACAAUAGUCAGUGUUGGAGAUCCUAACAGAAAAUACACUAAAAUGGAAAAAAUUGGUCAAGGUGCAUCUGGCACAGUAUAUACUGCGAUAGAAACAUCAACGGGCAUGGAAGUAGCUAUUAAACAAAUGAAUCUUGGUCAGCAACCAAAGAAGGAACUCAUUAUAAACGAGAUACUAGUGAUGCGGGAGAACAAACACAAUAACGUUGUGAAUUAUCUUGACAGCUAUCUCGUUAAUGAGGAGCUGUGGGUAGUUAUGGAAUACCUCGCAGGAGGUUCUUUAACUGAUGUAGUGACUGAAACUUGUAUGGACGAAGGACAAAUCGCGGCCGUGUGUCGCGAGGUGCUACAAGCACUGCACUUCCUACACACCAACCACGUCAUACACAGGGACAUCAAAUCAGAUAACAUCCUGCUUGGACUCGACGGCCAGGUUAAAUUGACUGAUUUUGGUUUCUGUGCUCAAAUAUCCCCCGAGCAAAAUAAAAGAACGACAAUGGUUGGUACGCCAUAUUGGAUGGCGCCGGAAGUUGUUACGAGAAAGCAGUAUGGACCUAAGGUUGAUGUUUGGUCACUAGGUAUUAUGGCUAUAGAAAUGAUUGAAGGCGAACCUCCUUACUUGAACGAGAAUCCUCUGCGUGCUUUAUAUUUGAUCGCGACGAAUGGGAAGCCUGACAUCAAAGACAAGGAAAAACUUAGUACCGUUUUCCAAGACUUCCUCGAUCAAUGCCUAGAAGUCGAUGUGGAGAGUCGAGCGACCGCACUUGACUUAUUAAAGCAUCCGUUCCUAAAAAUGGCACGACCGCUAGCAUCGCUGACUCCCCUCAUCAUGGCGGCCAAGGAGGCAGCCAAGGGUCAUUAGCGCAGGCCCGCGGCGGCCGACCGCGCCCCGCGCUAGCGCCACAGUGCCUAUCCCGCGAUCACCUUCACUUCAUCAUCGAAUCGGCGUAAUCCACGAUUACUGUUGACUAUGACGAUGUCACGGACGAAAUGUUUAAACUACUUAUAGAGCAAUAUAUUAUGUUUACAAAAAAUAAAAAAAAAACGGCUGCAACGGCUGAAAGGUGAUCAUAUUUUUACAAACUAAAGAUUGAUUAAAUAUAAAGUAUAGCAGUCCAGUAGCCGUAGUGAGUAGAGCGUCCGUUAGAGACGCUAUUUAUUGUAAAGAAUACCGUCGUCGCCCCGGACUUGUCUAGACACGUUCGGACACGCCUGGACACUCCGCCUCGUCGGAAACGAUUUCGGAUAGUGUUAUGUAGAUAUAGCUUUAGAUACAUAUUUUGAAAUGUAACGAUAAAAUCUGCGAUCGAAGACUGGCAGUUAACUCUUAGGCGUAAAGUUAUAAAAUAGUAGACUAUGGUAGUAAUGAUACGGUUACAAACAGCUUAUUCUCUGUGAUGGUAGUUGGUACCCGGGGGCGGAGCGAGGCGGCGGCGCGGCUCCGAGUGCUUCAGAGGUAUUACUGUACUACUUGAAAUACGAAAUGUAUUUUCAUAUGAAGUUGAAAUUAGUGAAGGGAUACUGAUUUCAUAUUAGAGCUUAAAGGCACGCAUUUUAUUAAGAUUGUGUACGAGUGAAAGUGGAAUAUCUGAUAAUUAUUUCAUAUUAUUUUGACUGAUACUGUUUUAUCCGAUAGCUUAACAAGUGUUGCCUCGGCUGUACGCUUUUGAUAGUUUUUACUAGCUAGCUAGUUUGUGUAUUAUUAUUAUUACAAUUCUGAGAUUAUACUGUAAUAUUUUAUAAUUAUUUUUUUUAAUGAACAAUUAAUUAUCAAAUUAUAUGAUUGCAAUAUUUUAAUCGUUUUUAUGUUGUCAUUACACUGCAGAAUAGCAAUCCACAAAAUGAUGUUAUGAAUCGCGUAAUUUAAUUUAAAUAUGAAUGUAUUAUUAAAAUAUAAAUUUAUUUUUUGAUUGUUAGUCAUGGAAGCGAAGCAUUUACCUAGUAUUAAGUUUAUAUAGUUUAUCAAACUGAUUAUAUUUGUAUGGUAGUAUCGGUACCAGUCUUGUAUGGCACAUACAUUUCAUUUCAUACAUAAAUUUUAUCUAUACUAUUUAAUACGACAAUAAUAACCAGCCAGCCAUAAAUUCACGAAUAUUUCUUACUAAAACAUGUUAACAGAACUAGUUAUUGUCUCUCUGCUUUUAUUAUUUUUAGGUUGUGCCGGAAGAUGCUGUUGAAUAUUCUUUUUAUAUGUAUUUUUUAUUUCACUUACUGACAGCUUGUGUGAUAUUGAAUACAUCGGAUGAAUGACUGUGAUCUCAUCGAAUAGUAGAACAAACAAAAAAACAAAGCAAGCUCAGUAGGUCUUGUCAUCUGUGACUUAUUAGACGGGAAAAGUAAGGAACGAGUAUUAUACUCUGUGACAAUAUCAAUGACCAAUUACGCUAUGUAGGUUGAAUUAUAUCUGGUUGGUGCAAAAAAGUAUACAUUAUCUGUACCAUAGUUUCAUUCUUCAUACAUUUUAUGCUACCUUUCUUAUGUAUUUUUUUAUAAAAUGUUAAAUCUCAUUCUUUCAUAGAUAGGGCCUAUACGAUUUUCAGUAGCGGCCUAUAAAUUGCACAAGAAUAGUAUAAAUCCUAUUUAUUGCCUCAUUCUAUAUCCUGACUCUGGCAUGUAUCAUUGACCGUUGAUCUUAAAAUAUUACACAAUUAGUUAUCAUUCAUAUGUUUUGUUGGUGAGUUAUGAAUCGCACCAACCCCCGGUAGCGUGCAAUAUAUUAAGUGUUGAAUCGAAUAUAAAUAGCCAAAUGUUCAAGAGAGCUUCAUCAAAGAUAUCAGUAUCGAUGUCACUGAGAAAUGUCAGUGUAUUAAAUGUGAUGACGGAAAUGAAUUUUAGUACGCGUUAAUGUAAGUCGAGAACUAACUGUAAUUAUGUAUGUAAUUUAAGUUGAGAAUGUAUUAAUAAAAUAUGUAAUAUGAUAUUGAGACUAUAAAGAGGGUUUUCAUGAUUUUUGACAGUUGUAAACACCAGUGCCAUGUAUGAGCAACUUGUGCGUAUAAAUUACAACCAUACUAUAAAUAAAAGACUCGAACUAAAACAAA